AUGACAUCAACACUACAAAUGUAUCUGAAGUUCUAAAUUAAUAUAUGACAAAAUUAUCCUCAACAAAUGUGACAAUAUCACUAAAUUAUUAAAACUUAUUACUUAACCUUUAUAAGUAGGUAGUGUUUAACAUAUCUCGAAUGAUAUAUGAUUUCUUUUUCAAUUUGAACAGUAUUAUUAUAAUGAAACAGUAGUAUCAAUAACACAUGAGCAUAGUUCUUGCAUUGAUUGAUCGGCACGAUUAUUCAUCAUACGUAGAUAUGACGCGUCAAUGUUUACUAUACCUAAUUUUUAAGUUCAAAGUUAUUAUUAGGCAAGAGAGGCCAGCGGCUCACCUCUUGACCCGGCGCGGAAAUCAUCCGAAUGUUUACACACGCGCGCACACAGCCGCGCAGCCUUGCAGAUACCACCUCGUACUAGUAAAAUCUCAUACUUAAGAGCUAAUAUAACACUUAUUUAUCCUAUUUUUUUUUGUGCAGAUAUAUGCAGCUUUUGAAAUGACCUUUGAACUUUCACACACGUAUUGACAUUAACAAACCGGUCACAAUGAGUAAAGUUUAUGGCUUCUCGUAUUUAUUAUAAAAACAAAAGAAAAUAUUAACUUCUUGCACACGUAUGUUCUGAUGGCAGGCUGCAUGAGCGUAGAAUAAGAAUAAUGUUGGUACCUAUAUAACUAUAUUCAAUUAUAACAUGUAAGUUCAUUGCAAGUUCCUCACCAUAGUAAGUGCGAUAUUGGGAUAAUGCUGCGAACCAAGGCCCUUUGGCAAAUACCCGAUCAGUGCACUCGCGUCCUAAGACAGCCUGCAAAUUAUGACCUUCAUUACCGUUCCAAAAUGCAUGGCAUCUCAGCCUGAAGCAAUUAAGAUUAAGCUAAAAUACGGGCGCGACACACAUAGCGAGCGACGCGCGCGGCGGGAGGACGCUCGGUGUAUACGUAAAAAAGAGUGCGCGUGCGCAGGACAGUCAAACGCACGCUGCGAUGUAUCGCGUCGCAUGGCUGACGUGCGCGCUGCUCGCGCUGGCCGCUGCGCGCGUGUACGAGCGCUGCGAGCUGGCGCGCGAGCUGCUGGCGCUGGGCGUGCGCCCCGACCAUGUCUCUACCUGGGUGUGCAUCGCUUACCACGAGUCGCGUUUCGACACCGCCGCCAAGAACCACUACAGUGGCGACCACGGCAUCUUCCAGAUCAGCGAGCUGUACUGGUGCGGGCCCGGCAAGGCGUGCGGCCUGCCCUGCUCCGCGCUGCGCGAUGACGACAUCUCCAACGACCUGGAGUGUGCGCUGCAGGUGCACGAAGAGCACACGCGCCUGCAGGGAAAUGGGUUCCUAGCCUGGGUUGUGUACCCGCAACAUUGCAAGCAUAACACCAAGAAAUACCUAGUGGACUGUGAUACCAAUGUGAAAUAUACUGUGCCUAUCACUAGAUCUCGUCCUAAUUACUAUGAAGACACUUACAAUUAUAAUGUGCCAAACAAUACAUUUAAUAGGCAAAACAUAGAGAAUUUGUUACCACCAUAUCUCGCUAUAGGGUCUAUAUUCAGAGGAAAUUACGGGAAAGUGCUUGACCAAAACAGGGAAAACAUUGAUUGGUAUAAUUACAAGAUCAAAAACAUCGAUGAACUCAAGUUGCCGGUGUUUGAUACACCAUCGCAGCCUUAUAGUAUGCCGCCGGCGACAACAGAGCGGACGACAACAACUUCUACUACAACCACCACUACAACUCCCGCCCCGUACAUACCGCGCGUGAAGGUUUGGAGGACGAUAGAAACGAACCAGUUCAGGAAGAAGCGUCCAAAUAGUGAUAACACUACACCAAUAUCGACAACUACGAAAGAUUACGCUGACCAACCGGAGACGACACCGAGAUUAACCACUUACACGAGCCCCACGAGUACAGCGCGCCCCUCGUCCGAGUACAGCACUACAGCUGCAUACUUACAAAACGCUACGUUAACAACAUUGCGAUCGACGAGUGUGACCACCACAUCGUACAGCCCGACCCCUACAUUACCGACGAAUCGACCGGAGUACACCACAACAACACAAAAGCCGACCACAACCACAAUCGCACCAAGAAACACAGUUACAUACACAUCGCGGACACUCGCAGAACGGUCAACGAGUACAAUAUCAAGGCAUAUUGAAACGACAACCAAUAAACCCCGAACAGAAAAACCUGCCGCAAUAACAAUAGCGCCACGGAAUUUUGUGUUCACAACUACAUACAGAACACGCGACUCAUCCACGGUAAGUCCGACCACAGUGACAAUAUACCCAAGAAACACUGUGACCACGACUUAUAAACCUUGGACCUCGACCACAGAGAAGCCGACUACAACCACAUUAUCUCCUAGGAGCACGAUGUACAAUUCUUGGUUCACUACCUCAGUAAGAUCCAAGAGUACCACAGAAAAAGUGACCACAACUACAAGCUCUUCAAGAAGUCCGGUGACCACCACCAGACCUUGGUUCACAACCACUGUAAGACCAACCACAAGCUCAAUAACUCCAAGAAACUUUUUGACCACAACAUACAGACCUUGGUUUACAACCAUUUCUUCUACCACACAAAAACCAACCACAACUACAUUUUCGCCAAGAAAAAUUGCAAGCACAACCUAUAGACCUAGUACUACGACUACACAAAUGACAAGUACUAGAAGGCCGACGACCGUCCAAGUCAGGAACACGGUUAGAACAACAGCGUCAACUACACAAAGGCCAGUCACAACAACAAACAAAGCAAUCACGAAAACGGAUUUCUCGUGGUACACGUUCACGUCCCGAACGGCGACGACGCCUCCGACUACCAAGCAACAAAGCACGCUUCAAUCAAGCACGCCGGCGUUCCCGACCCAAACAAAAACAAACGCUCCGUACGCGGUGACCCAGCCCGUUCGGUACACCUCCUCCAGCCAGACAGACCCCACGCGCAAGCCAAGAACUACGCAAUCAAUAUUCGACCUUUAUCUGAAUCCUACGAAACCGCCUAAGCUGCCUCGCUACUCACCACCCGAAAAUAAGUACAGAUUGAAGAUAUUCGAAGGAGGGACCACGACGCCACCUUCGGUAAUGCAAUCGACCAAAUCCAUUGAUCCGGCUAAAAAUUACAUAAGAAGACAAGCCUUGCGUGAUUCUCAUGAUAAGUAGGUUAUUCUUAAAAGAGAUCUCCAUUCUCUCUAGUUUAGACUUGUUCCUGGUAAUUAAUAAAUUGAACUUGUGUAAACUGUAUUUAGCUAGUGUAAUUAAAAACAAACAUGUCCGUCGAAUAACAUCUUGCGCAGGAAAAAUAUCUACUUUGUAUCUAAAUGUCAGAUGCACGUACGUAUGCCUAUUACGACACAUUAGUAUGAAGGAGACGACACUUACGACAUUAAUAUAAACUGCGAACUUAUGCGAAUGUCUUGUUUAGUAUUAAACCAAAAAGCAUUUAUCUACAUUUUGUACCUAUAUUAUAAAAGAUAUAUUUUA